UCAAGAAAGGUCUUUGUAAUUCUAGAAAGCGCUGUUUUCCUUAAUCAAACCUUUUUUGUAUCUCUUUGUAGGGAUCUAUGUAUCUUAUCGUAACCGAUUGAAUUAAUGGUCUAGCCUAUGCGUGACAGUAAAUAUUUCUAUAUGAUAUUACUUUAAGAGUUCAUUUGUUAUACAAUAAAUACUAGCAAACCUUUUUUUUUACUAAGACGCGGCUAUGUUGUUUUCAAAAUUGCAUAAGAUUAUUUGGAACAUAACAUCAAUGAAAAUACAUAAAAGUGCUAUCGAGCAUUGCCAUUUCGAACAUGUAUUUUCCUUUCCUUUAGUAAAAUAUAUUGCGUUGGUAAACAGACUGAAGAUAUAUCAUUUAUAUGGUACCGGGGUUGUAGUUCCUAGUUCAGGGGUACUGGAAUUAUUAAAUAUUGUAUCUGACAAUACCUUUUUAGUUUCUUCAUACAUAGGUAUAACAGGAGCAGUGGUACUAACUUUAGGUACACUUCCAUUUAAAAAUAUAAUUGGUCAUCUUUAUAUUAGUGAAGAUAAUGAGAAAAUUAAAAUAUCUUCAGUUGGAUUUUCAGGAAAGAGAAUAGACCGAAUUGUCAGUGUGGACGAUUGGAUACCUUUAUUAGAAAUGGAACCCAGAAAAACAGAUAUAUUAUUUCUUUCACCUCAACUUAGAGAUGGUACAAAAUAUAAAUUAUUUGCUAAAUUUGGUGUGGUUAAAAAUGUAUCAAAAAUGGGUCAAGUUCUAGAAUAAUUAAGAUAAACCUAUAAAAAAAAAAAUUAGAAAUUGUAAAUAAAACUACACUAUU